CCGGCGCGGUGUUUAGACUCCACUGAUGUCGUGGCGCUUUGGGGAAAGAAGUUGGUGUUGGCAGGGCCCUGCUACUGAAGACGCUGUCCCGGUGACCCCUACCUCUUUCCUGCCACCCUCCCCCGCUCGCCUUUUCCUCUUUCCUCUGUCAGGAUGAGGCGUGCAGGCCUGGGUGAAGGAGUACCCCCUGGCAACUAUGGGAACUAUGGCUACGUGAAUAGUGGGUAUAGUGCCUGUGAAGAAGAAAAUGAGAGACUCACUGAAAGUCUGAGGAGCAAAGUAACUGCUAUCAAAUCUCUUUCCAUUGAAAUAGGCCAUGAAGUUAAAAAUCAAAAUAAAUUAUUAGCUGAAAUGGAUUCCCAAUUUGAUUCUACAACUGGAUUUCUAGGGAAAACUAUGGGAAAACUGAAGAUUUUAUCCGGAGGGAGCCAAACAAAGCUGCUGUGCUAUAUGAUGCUGUUUUCAUUAUUUGUCUUUUUUGUCAUUUAUUGGAUUAUUAAACUGAGGUGAUGCAAGUAAGUUUGAUUUUGGAAUUUGUUCCAUCUUAAUGGCUUGGGGUACCAUUUUGAUAAGAAUCAGCA